CGUACGUACGCGUUGAUUUGGUCGUAUUAUCCCAGUUGUCAAUAAUUUCCUGUACUAGUUUUUAGUUUUGUAUGAAGAAAGUCGUCUAAUUAUUGAUAUUUCUAUUAUAAACAAGCGCAUGUUCUGUUAAUUUGUUUACAAAAUGCGUGUUAGUUAUAGGGUUAAUGAAUGAGUGACACAGGUAGUGAGUCAGACGAGGCGACCGAGCGUACGGCACUCAUGGACGGCCACAUCGCAGAAGCUCGUCCCGACAGGGAGAUCGCCGAAAGGAUCGCCAGGAAAAAGAAAACAAAAUCGGAAGGCCAGCGCACUUAUGGCACUGUUGAACAAAGUGAUGGGGGAAGCUCCAGUGGGCCCAGCAGGCCUGGGCCUAGCGGGCCUAAUCCACCGCAGCCUACGGAGCCACAGAUUGAAGAGUUGGAGCUGAAGUAUGGUGCUCGCCAUGUGAUCAAGCUAUUUGUACCUGUUACACUGUGUAUGCUGGUGGUUGUAGCUACAAUAUCAACUGUCAGCUUUUACUCUGUUAAAGAUGUAUAUUUAGCAUACACACCAUUCCAUGAAGAAAGCCCUCACGCAGUGACCAAAGUUUGGAAUGCACUGGCCAACUCCAUGAUCCUGCUGUGUGUGAUCGCACUGAUGACGGUACUGCUCAUAGUGCUGUACAAGAAGCGGUGCUACAAGAUCAUACACGGCUGGCUCAUUCUCUCCUCCUUGAUGCUGCUGUUUUUGUUCUCUUAUUUGUAUAUAGAAGAAGCGCUAAGAGCCUACAACAUACCAAUGGAUUACAUAACACUAGGGUUUGUCAUGUGGAACUUUGGUGUCAUGGGCAUGAUCGUCAUCCACUGGAAGGGCCCCCUGCGGUUACAGCAGGCCUACCUGAUCUUCAUCGCUGCUUUAAUGGCGCUUGUGUUUAUCAAAUAUCUGCCUGAGUGGACAACAUGGGCAGUGCUGGCUGUUAUCUCUAUUUGGGAUCUAGUAGCAGUAUUGACUCCAAAGGGCCCACUGAGGAUAUUAGUGGAAACAGCUCAAGAAAGAAAUGAACCCAUAUUCCCAGCUCUUAUUUACUCAUCGACGGUGAUGUACUGCCUCGUGGGGACGACGACGUCCGGCGAAGGUGAGCCCCGGGAGCUGCGGCCUCUCAACCACGGUACCGCGGCCGAAGGCAGAGGUGCGGCGCGGCCGGCGUCGACGGCGGGCGCGGACGGGGAUGGUGGCUUCGACGCGGCGUGGGCGGCGCGCCGCGACGCGCCCCGGCGCCUGCGCGUGGACGGCACGCAGCCCGCGCAGUACACCACGCGCGUCGAGCGGCCCGCGCCGCCGCCGCCUGACAUGGAGGAGGAGAAGGGCGUGAAGCUGGGUCUGGGCGACUUCAUAUUCUACAGCGUGCUCGUCGGCAAGGCCAGCUCCUAUGGCGACUGGAACACUACACUCGCCUGUUUUGUUGCUAUACUUAUUGGUUUAUGCUUAACCCUCCUGCUGCUGGCGAUCCUCAAGAAGGCGCUUCCGGCGCUGCCCAUCUCCAUAACCUUCGGUCUCAUCUUCUACUUCGCCACGCGCGGCGUCGUCAAACCCUUCGCGGACGCGCUAGCCGCCGAACAGGUCUUCAUUUAGCUACCGCCCUACACACUAGAUAUCAAUUGAUGAAGGCGAUUCCUUCCAGUUUAUGAUUAUCGUUGAACGUUUGUGAACCUUAAUACGAUGGUAUAAGGUCUACCUAAGGUUAGUUGUGUUGCUAGUAUGUUAGAAGAGCGAAGGAAUGUUCACUCAUUUGUGCACGCUUAUAGC